GGAUUUUUCUUUUCUUAAGUUAUUAUACCUAGUUUAAAUAAAGUGAAGUUUAAUAAAAAAAAAAUAGCAUCCCAUCUGUCAGUAAAACAGUAAUAAAUCCUAGAGAAUUGUAUUUUCCUAUUUGGUGUUUUUGUAAAUUAAUCAUAAUUCUGAGACAAAUUUGUACCAGAGGUGAGCUAAACAUGAGUGAAAACCCCUCGUGUUAAAACCACAUAAAAAUAAAGAGUUUUUUCUUGGUUUGUUUUGUUUUGUGUUAGGAUUAGUGCGCGUCGGGUUAUUAAUAACCAGCUAAACAAUAGAAAGUCUAUGCGAUGACCUGUUUGUAUAUCUGAGCGCGCGCGUGUGGGUUUGUGAAUAAUAACUCAUCAUAACUCAUCAGACUGCGAUGAAUCACCGCUCCAUCUGACAGACAUUCUCCGCGUGUCUAGAGGAGGAGUUUCUCCAUGAUUCUCACCUGAACCGAGACCAGAGGAACACCGACGACAAGAUGUCCAGAAGAGUGGAGGUGAUCAUCAGCUCCUCAGCUCCGCAGGAUCCGGCCGAGGCUCCUCUUCACAUCACAGAGUCGAAGCCCGGAGAGCAUCCAGGAGUGAAGGGCUUCCUGAUGAUCAAGCCGGCGGUGCUGGGGUGGCUGGAGAUCCUGACCGGUGCCGGGGUGCUUGGACUCGUCUAUUGGAAUUACACUCUCUGGCUGUUAAUACCGGCUUGCUUUGUGAUUUUAAUAGGAGUCAUAACAGCUACAGCUGCAUGUACACGCAACCCCUGUCUGGUGGUCACUUCUCAAGUGCUGAAUCUGCUCAACAUCUGCAAUGUGGUGACGGCCGUCGUCGUGUUUUUCGUCAGCGUCUUGCUUGUGUUUCUCGGAGACAUUGUUGGAGCUGCUCUUCGCACACAUUUUGUGAGCAGCCGCUCCGAGAGUCCCUCUUCUCAGACCGCAAACAUCGCCUUCAUCGCCUGUAAUGUUCUGGCGCUCCUCUUCUCUCUGAUCAUCAUCAUGACGUCGUGCUGCUGGUGUAGAUCGAGAAAGCGUCUGAUGGUGAUCCACAUGAACACAGCUUCAGCUGCAGAGCUCAGUGAUGACGUGGAUUAUCCGUGUCCAGAACUUUCACCGCCAGCCUAUAGUCCGGUUCCGUCUUCAGAACCGCCGGCCUACGAGGAGGAACGACGCUCGACUCUCUCUGGAGUUUCUACUCAGAAGUGGGCCAUGAGGAAAUGGAAAGAAGAACUGCAGCGCAGCAGAAAACCCAUCCAAGUCUGACCUGAGUCAUUUAUUUCUAUGCUCUGAAGUAGAGCUGUAGUGACUUUAGGGACCUAUAGACAACAUUCACUGGUGGAUGUCACAGAACUUCCUUUACUGG